UGUGCGGGGCGGUCUCUGCUCAGAUAUGUCUGAAUAUGUCAAGAAUCACUUCAGCUGCCGCACGCUUUCAAACAGCACUCCAUCUCGUCUAGUGCCGCUACGAGGGAAGAGUUUCAUAUAUGCCGUUUAGCUUCAUAAGAUUAUGAGGGAUUCCUUUGCGAUUGCCGUGCGUAGUUUACGGAGCAUAGGGGUGAAGGAGGAACAGUUGGAGCGCUGUCCAGGGUCCUGAAGUCAAGAAGCCAGAGGUGCUGAAGACAGCACAGGCAUUCACAGAGGACUACUGUAUGUCUAUGUCAAUCAAGCCUUGAGAUGACUCGGGAAAGGCUGCGUUCUGUGGCUGUCUGGGGAUUCGUUGCGUGGGAAAUAGGAAUUCUGUUGAGUUUGGUAGUGUCAAAAAAACUAGAAAACCCUCAAGGAGGAACAGCAUCCAUGUCGUCACCCUCUGACUUCCUUGACAAGCUCAUGGGAAGAACCUCAGGUUAUGAUGCCAGAAUUAGGCCCAACUUUAAAGGUCCGCCUGUGAAUGUAACAUGCAACAUAUUCAUUAACAGUUUUGGCUCCAUUGCAGAGACAACUAUGGAUUACAGAGUGAACAUAUUUCUCCGGCAGAAGUGGAAUGACCCUCGGUUAGCUUACAGCGAGUACCCAGAUGACUCCCUGGACCUGGAUCCCUCAAUGUUAGACUCCAUUUGGAAGCCUGAUCUGUUCUUCGCUAAUGAGAAGGGAGCACACUUCCAUGAGGAUUACAGAGUGAACAUAUUUCUCCGGCAGAAGUGGAAUGACCCUCGGUUAGCUUACAGCGAGUUCCCAGAUGACUCCCUGGACCUGGAUCCCUCAAUGUUAGACUCCAUUUGGAAGCCUGAUCUGUUCUUCGCUAAUGAGAAGGGAGCACACUUCCAUGAGGUCACCACUGACAACAAGCUCUUGAGAAUAUUCAAAAAUGGAAAUGUCCUCUAUUCAAUCAGACUGACUCUGACACUCUCAUGUCCGAUGGAUCUGAAGAAUUUCCCCAUGGAUGUGCAGACGUGCAUAAUGCAGCUGGAGAGUUUUGGCUACACAAUGAACGACCUGAUCUUUGAGUGGCAAGAGAUGGAACCUGUACAGGUGGCCGAAGGUUUGACGCUUCCACAGUUCAUCCUCAAGGAGGAGACUGAUUUAAGAUACUGCACCAAGCACUAUAACACAGGCAAGUUCACAUGCAUUGAGGUACGUUUUCACCUGGAAAGACAGAUGGGCUACUACCUGAUCCAGAUGUACAUUCCCAGUCUGCUCAUCGUCAUCCUGUCCUGGGUCUCCUUCUGGAUUAACAUGGAUGCCGCUCCUGCCCGUGUCGCCCUGGGAAUCACCACAGUGCUCACAAUGACAACUCAGAGCUCUGGAUCCAGGACAUCCUUACCUAAGGUGUCUUACGUGAAGGCUAUUGAUAUCUGGAUGGCUGUGUGCUUGUUAUUUGUCUUUUCUGCCCUAUUGGAGUAUGCUGCAGUCAACUUUGUUUCACGGCAACACAAAGAACUCUUACGAUUCCGACGGAAAAGAAAGAAGUCCGGCAAGACUUUUGAUCAAACAUUUGAUGAGGAGCUUACCGAGUCAUUGCGUUGUAUCAGUGGCCUACACAGUGCCGGGCCAGUUUACGGAUCAAUGGGCCAACUCGACGAAUUCAAUGACAGGGUCCAGCUCUCAUGA